GAUUAAGAAAGCUGGCAAUUUUUCCAUCUCUGUGUGAAGUUCUUCUGUGCGCUCUAUAAAUUUAGGCAUUAACGCUGAUUUUGUUGUCUCUGUUCUCAUUCUGCAACUGUGCUUGUCCUAAGUUACAACCCACCACUGACUAAGAUGGCAGCAUCUGCGGAUGUCACCCACGAUGUUGUCUCCCUUCUCUCUUCACCCGAAAGGGACUAUCUUCUGAGGAACAACGGCGAUCAGGUGAAAAUUGAGAACUUGAAGGGAAAGAAAGUUGGUAUAUAUUUUUCGGCAUCCUGGUGUGGUCCCUGUCGAAAAUUCACGCCAACUUUGGUGGAGGCAUACGAUGAGGUUGUGUCAAAAGGUGACUUUGAGGUCGUUUUUGCUUCGGCUGAUGAAGAUGACGAGGCUUUUAAAGGUUACUUUUCCAAGAUGCCAUGGCUUGCAAUUCCAUUUUCUGAUUCGGAGACACGCAGCCGCCUUGAUGAAUUGUUUCAAGUGAGGGGUAUUCCCAAUCUCGUAUUACUUGAUGAAACUGGCAAAGUAGUGACUGAAGAUGGAGUUGAUAUUGUACGUGAAUAUGGUGUUGAAGCAUACCCCUUUACAUCAGCAAGGAUCCAAGAGUUGAGAGAUCGGGAAGAGGAAGCUAGGAGGAACCAGUCCGUGAGAUCACUCUUGAUCUCUCCAUCGCGUGACUUUGUUAUAUCAUCCAAUGGAAACAAUGUACCUGUCUCUGAGCUUGAGGGCAAGACAGUUGGGCUGUAUUUCUCUCAUAAUUCAUUCGGACCAAGCAGUGACUUUACUCCAAAGCUUGUGAGAGUUUAUGAGGAGCUGAAAGCCAGGGGGGAGAACUUUGAGGUUGUGUUGAUACCCUUAGAUGAAGAUGAAGAAUCAUUUAAGGAAGUAUUGGGAAGUGUACCUUGGUUAUCCUUGCCUUUCAAGGACAAAUUCUGCGGGAAGCUGGCUCAGUACUUUGAGCUUUCAACCCUCCCCACUUUGGUUAUCCUCGGGCCUGAUGGGAAAACUCUUAAUUCUAAUGUUGCUGAAGCUAUUGAGGAUCAUGGGGUUGUUGCAUACCCAUUCACUCCUGAAAAGUUUGCUGAGCUUGAUGAAAUUUUGAAGGCCAGGGAGGCAGCUCAAACCCUUGAGUCAAUUUUGGUGUCUGAGGAUCUUGAUUUUGUCAUUGGCAAAGAUGGGGUGCAGGUUCCUGUGUCCGAAUUAAACGGGAAGGUCGUCCUGCUAUACUUCUCAGCACACUGGUGUCCUCCAUGCCGCGCAUUCCUUCCAAAACUUGUUGAUGCAUAUCAUGAGAUUAAGGCAAAGGGCAAUGCAUUAGAAAUUGUUUUCAUCUCAAGUGACAAAGAUCAAGCCUCCUUUGAUGAAUUCUUUGGAGGAAUGCCAUGGUUAGCACUUCCCUUUGGGGACUCUAGGAAGAGAUCCUUGAGUCGCAAGUUCAGGGUAUCUGGCAUCCCCAUGCUUGUGGCCAUUGGAUCAAGCGGCCGAACUUUGACAACUAAGGCUCGAGAUCUGGUUUUGCAAUAUGGGGCUCGUGCAUACCCUUUCACUGAUGAGAAAAUAAAGGAAUUAGAGGCAGAAGAAGAUGAGAUUGCAAAGGGGUGGCCAGAGAAGUUGACACAUGAAACCCAUGAGCAUGAGCUUGCGUUGACACGCCGCAAGGUGUAUUACUGUGAUGGAUGCAAUGAACAGGGCCACGCAUGGUCGUAUUACUGUGAAAAAUGUGACUUUGAUCUGCACCCAAAAUGUGUGUUGAAGGAGGACAAAGUAAGCAAAGAUGAUGAUACUGACGUUAAGGAAGAAGACAAAUCGAAAGAUGGAUGGGUAUGUGAUGGAGAAGUCUGCAAAAAAGUCUGAAAUCUGCUUGUUAAGGUCUUUCUGAUAUAAUAUAUAUCUGCUUUUUAUAGCAGUGGCGUGUCUUGUGAGUUAUGCAGAAUAAUCGGAAUGCUUGAAUGUUGUAUUGUGUUAAUUAUGGUCUUUAAUAUAUGGUAUUAUAGUUUUUUACUCUAA